CGUCAUCUAGAUGCGACACAGGACCCAUUUAACUCACAUGUACGCCCACUGAGUGCGUGCCUGAGUUCAAGCAGUUUGGACGCACAGUUACAGACUUUGUUGUAUUUGUCUGAUAUAAUCACUCUGUUUCUUCAACAUGAGCUCCCAGAUCACCUGUGUCGGGUGGGUGAGGCGAGGCGUUGCCAAGGAAACGCCGGACAAAGUUGAGUUGAGCCAAGAGGAGCUUCAGCGCAUCAUUACUGAAGCAAAGGAGGAGCUGGGGGAACUAGCAGCUGAGGAGGAAGAAGAGGAUGAUGAAGGUAUGGCUCCAGAGCAGAAUCCUGGUAAUGCUACAGCUGAUGUUGCUGAAGUUCCAAAUGAUGAGAAUGAAGGAGGAAAGGACGAAGAUGACGAUCUGGCGGAGUACGGCCUGGAUAAAUAUGACGAAGAAGAUACAGUGACGGCUAAUCUUGGUGACAGUCUGGCUGGGCUCACUGUGUUCAGCUGUAAUGAGGAGGAUCCUUACAUCACCAUCAAAGAUACAGACCAAUAUGAGCGAGAAGACUUCCAAAUCAAGCCUGGUGACAAUCUCAUCCUGGCUGGCAGGGCAGAGAAGGAUUGCUGCAACUUGGAGAUCUAUGUUUAUAACUCAGAGGAGGACUCUCUGUAUGUUCAUCAUGAUAUUCUGCUGCCAGCUUACCCACUGUGUGUGGAGUGGCUAAACUUUGACCCAAGCCCCGGAGAAGGAUCAGUCAACUACGCCGCUGUGGGCAACAUGACGCCUCAGAUAGACGUGUGGGACCUGGAUAUAGUGGACUGUUUAGAGCCAGCCUUUUCCCUGGGGAACAAAAAGGCCUCAAAGAAGAAAAAGAAGGGCAAGAAGGGGGCAGCAGCAGAGCCUGUCGAGGGGCACACAGACGCAGUGCUGGAUUUAUCCUGGAACAAACUGGCCAGGAACGUGUUGGCCAGUGGAUCAGCAGAUGACACUGUUAUCUUGUGGGAUCUGUCUCAAGGCAAACCAGCCACAACUCUGCGAAAACACACUGACAAGGUGUUCAGACUGAUAUCAUUCCACCCAUUUGAGGCACAGACUCUGAUAUCUGGAUCAUACGAUAAGACAGCCAUCCUGUACGACUGCCGCAGUCCAGACAGCAACUAUCGAACCUGGAGGUUUAGCGGCCAAGUGGAGCGUCUGGUCUGGAACCACUUUUCACCCUGCAACUUCCUGGCCAGCACAGAAGACGGCUUUGUGUACUGUCUGGACGCACGGUCUGAUAAACCUGUUUUCACUCUGAGGGCACACGAUGAAGAAGUGUCAGGUUUGGCCCUAAGCAGCCAGGUUAAAGGAUGCCUGGUCACCUCCUCAGCCGACAAACACGUUAAAGUUUGGGACAUUUUGGGUAACAAACCCAACCUGGUUCACUCGCGGGAUAUGAAAAUGGGAGUGCUGUUCUGUGCCUCAUGUUGUCCUGAUCAGCCCUUCGUCUACGCCUUUGGGGGACAGAAAGAUGGCUUGAGGGUUUGGGAUAUAAGUGACAUUGCAGCAGUGGCCGAGGUGUUUGGUAGUCGAGAGCGUUUAGUGGUGAACACAGGAUCACAGGCAUCCAGCAGUGCAGCCACAGCAGAGAUGGACGUCUCUUAGUGACCCUUCGAAUGCAGCAACAGCCUGUAAACAUGAAUAAACUGAACUUCCCAGGAAAGACGUCAAGCUGCUCCGCUUGUUGCUGCGUUCUUCGCAGUGCAGCACUUUGUUUCACAGGAAAGGAUUGGAUCAAAUGAAGCCGCACGAAUGAAAGACUCAGCCAGAGUGAAAACUGGGGCUAAAACUAAAACUGACUAAGACUUCCACGUUUGUUCAGUUUCUCAUGAAAAAUAACAACAGAUAACACUCAAUGAUGUGUUAAGAAAAGACAACAAAAUGCUUCUCAUAUUCAUAUAAGUGAAUAUUUUUGGGAAUUCGUUUUUGAUUUUGGAAGAUUCAUAGACUUGAAUCGCUGUUUUUGAAUUGUUGUUUAUUGGAUAUCCUCCUCAGUUUGCCUUUCUUUGUACAAAUAAUCUCUGACAUUUCCAACAUCUGGUAAUAAUGAGUAAUAAAAUUAGAUAUAUAAUAGAAACCAGUGUACAAAAAUCUGUGCACAAACACAGACUUUUCAAAAUGAUGUGUAUUCAAUAAAUAAAUACAUUUAUUACCAAUGUGUAAACCUUUA